AUUCAUAACACCAGCAAACACGUAACAAAUGAGCACCUUAAUUAUCUUGGGUUCAACAGAACGUACCAAGUGCAUUACUACAAAGGAAGGACUAAGAGAAGACAUGGAAGUUGAUACGUCAACCCAAAAUAUCCUGCACAUGAAUAGUGGUGUAGGAGACAAAAGCUAUGCACAUAACUCUUUCUUUCAAAGAAAGGCAAUCAUCCAGGCAAAACCAAUAUUAGAAGAAAGUAUCACAAGACUCUAUCAUAAUAAUAUUGUUCCUAAGUGUUUGAAGGUAGCUGAUUUAGGGUGUUCUUCAGGACCAAAUGCUCUUCAAGUUGUAUCAAAUAUCAUCAACAUUGUUGACACAACUAGCUCCAACUUGAAUCUUACUUCACCUAAUUUCCAAUUCUAUUUGAAUGAUCUAUUUGAAAAUGAUUUCAAUACUAUUUUCAAAUCACUCCCUCAAUACCACAAGACAUUAUUGGAAGAAAAGAAGGAACUCAAGAUUGGUUCAUGUUUCAUUAAUGCAACUCCAGGGACAUUCUACAACAGACUCUUUCCAACUUCUUCCAUACACUUCUUCCAUUCUUCCUAUUGUCUACACUGGCUUUCUCAGGUUCCAGAGAAGUUGAUUGAAGGAGAAGAAGCACUUAGAUGGGACAACAUAUAUUUAACAAGAACAAGUCCUGUGUCAAUGCACAAAGCAUAUUUGGAACAAUUCCAGAAGGACUUCAAACAGUUCCUGAAAUCACGUUCAGAAGAAUUGGUAACAGGUGGUGGGAUGCUUUUGGCAUUCAUUGGAAGACAAGAUACUUCAGAAAUUAGAACUGCUUGGGAGCUAAUUGACAUGUCGCUCAAGGACUUGCUCUUAGAGAAAUUGAUUGAAAAGGAAACUUUGGAAUGCUUCAAUAUGCCAAAUUAUGACCCUUCAAUGGAAGAAGUUAAACAAGUAAUCGAGGAAGAAGGAUCUUUCAUUCUUCAGAAACUGGAAACGGUUCAUCAGGAUUGGGACCCCAACACAAAUGGAGGAGGCAAUGAUAAGAAUAAGGUUGAUGAGAAUAUGAGAGGGGAGAUUUUAGCUAAAUACAUUAGAGCUAUUACUGAACCCCUUUUAAAGGCACAUUUCGGAGAAUUGAGAAUGGAUGAGUUAUUCCUUAGGUUGGAAAAUAAGGCGGUCCAACUUAUUAAGGAGAUUAAAAUAUUCAAAUUUCCUAUCCUUGUAAUAUCCCUUAUUAAAAAUGCUUAAUACAGGAUCCCUUUAUGUAUGUACUAUGAUAAUGUAUGUUAGUGCUAUUCAUAUUUUGUGAAUAACAUGUAUGUUGUGACAGAAUUUGAUUGAAAAGGCAACUAUGAGUCUAUGACUCGUCAAUGAAAGGAAGUUAAAUACAUUAGAGCUGUUACUGAACCCCAUUUAAAGGCACAGUUCGGAGAAAGGAUCACGGAUGAGCUAUUCCUUAUGUUUAAAGAUAAGGUUGCACAACUUGUUAGGGAGAUUCAAAUAUUGGAAUUUCCUAACUUUGUAGUGUCUCUUAAUUUUUAGGAGGAGUGAUAGGGCUAGUAACUUUUGUAUUUUAUAACUAUCAAUUGGUCAUCAAUAAUGUUUUUAA